UUUUCGCGUCCCUCCCUCUCUCUCUGACUCUCUGACCAGAAGCAGAGCCCUCGUAUGGCGUCUUUCAGACUCCCCACUCAGCUCGCGACACGUGGCACUCUCAGCCACCACAACUCCUCCGCCUCCUCCGCUCCCGCCGGACGCCUCUCCUGGCGGCGAUCUCUCUCACCGGAAGUCUUCCCCUCCACCUCCUCUUCCUCGUGUUCCUUUCACCGGAAAGUUUCGAACUUUGACGUGAAAUGCAGCGCCGCCGCGGCGAAUUUGGCUCCGGGGACGCCGGUGAGACCGACUAGCAUUCUGGUGGUGGGAGCCACAGGAACCCUAGGGAGGCAGAUCGUACGGAGAGCCCUUGACGAAGGGUAUGAUGUCAGGUGCCUGGUUCGACCCAGACCUGCCCCGGCCGACUUCCUCCGGGACUGGGGCGCCACCGUCGUCAAUGCGGAUCUCAGUAAACCGGAGACAAUUCCGGCGACUCUGGUCGGAAUCCACACCGUUAUCGAUUGUGCAACGGGACGGCCCGAGGAGCCCAUCAAGACGGUAGAUUGGGAAGGGAAAGUUGCUCUGAUACAAUGCGCAAAGGCAAUGGGAAUUCAGAAGUUCGUGUUUUACUCUAUCCACAAUUGCGACAAGCAUCCCGAGGUUCCUCUAAUGGAGAUCAAGUAUUGUACUGAGAAGUUUCUUCAGCAGUCUGGUUUGAACCACGUCAUUAUCCGGCUAUGCGGCUUCAUGCAAGGCCUUAUUGGUCAAUACGCAGUUCCAAUUCUGGAGGAGAAAUCGGUUUGGGGAACGGAUGCUCCCACACGUAUUGCUUAUAUGGACACACAGGAUAUAGCUCGGUUGACACUUGUAGCUUUACGGAACGAGACAAUUACCGGAAAGCUUCUCACUUUUGCCGGCCCUCGUGCUUGGACCACCCAGGAAGUCAUAACCCUCUGCGAGAGACUUGCUGGGCAGGACGCGAAUGUGACGACGGUUCCAGUUUCCGUCUUGAGACUCACCCGUCAGUUAACUCGGUUUUUCCAGUGGACAAAUGAUGUCGCUGAUAGAUUGGCCUUUACAGAGGUACUGUCGAGCGACACAGUUUUCGCAGUCCCGAUGGCGGAGACAUAUAGUCUACUGGGUGUGGAUUCGAAGGACAUAGUCACUCUAGAGAAAUACUUGCAGGAUUACUUCAGCAACAUCUUGAAGAAACUGAAGGACCUAAAGGCUCAGUCCAAGCAAACCGACAUCUACUUCUGACAAAUCCCGAGCAUGUCCGUAAGUUCCACACCGUAAAGCCUUUGUCUCAUCUAUACAUUCAGUUCAUAUUUCUCUGUAUUUCUUCUUCUUCGGCUCUGUAUUCAGUUGAUGUUGUUGCUGUAACUAAAAUGGGUUAAGCUUGUGUAAACGCGUUAAGCUUAAUGAAGGUGCAAAGCAAAUGCUUGCUUGUAUCCAAAA